CCAUAACUUCGAUAACCCUAGGCCUUGACAUUUAUAAACACAGUGAUAUACAUUAGCUCCUCUAUCUAUCAUUCUCAAAACCCUAGCCGUUCAAUCCCUCUGUACUCCUCAAGCAAGAGCAGCAGCACCAGCAGCAACCAUGGCGGAUGUGGAAGUAGACGUGACAGCAGCGGGAGCGCCGAAGAAGAGGACGUUCAAGAAGUUCAGUUUCAGAGGAGUCGAUUUGGAUGCUCUUCUUGAUAUGUCUACUGAUGAGCUUGUUAAGCUCUUCGGUGCUCGUGCUCGCCGAAGGUUCCAGAGAGGUUUGAAGAGGAAGCCAAUGGCUUUGAUUAAGAAGCUCCGCAAGGCGAAACGCGAGGCCCCAGCAGGUGAGAAGCCAGAGCUUGUGAAGACUCACCUCCGUAACAUGAUUAUCGUACCUGAGAUGAUCGGAAGCGUUGUUGGAGUUUACAAUGGCAAGACUUUCAACCAGAUUGAGAUAAAGCCUGAAAUGAUUGGACAUUAUUUGGCUGAGUUCUCCAUCUCUUACAAGCCAGUUAAGCACGGAAGACCUGGUAUUGGUGCCACCCACUCCUCUAGGUUCAUUCCUCUGAAGUGAGAUCUUUUGCUGCCUGCUUGUAGUGAUAAGCACAUUUUAUUUCAAGGAUGCUCUAUGUUACUGAGUUUUGCUAUUUACUUUCUUGAAAUUAUGUUGGAUUUUCAGUUUGGAUCUGACUGAUUAAACUGUUUAAUUUGAAGAGUUAUCUGUGGUGAUAGAACAGGAAAUUGUUAUAUUGAAAUUUGUUCUGUUUCCAUGA